UAGUAUUUUAGACUAAAUUUCAAAGCCAAAUUCUGCCCCAGCAUAGGGGUUUUGUUUGAAUUAGGCAGCGCAGAUAACUAGAAGGGCAUCUAUAUGAAGGGCUGAUGGAAGACACAAGGGAUUUGUGAAAACAUUUCUACACAGUUUUGUGAAUGAGGCCCAUUGCAUUUACUGCUGAGCGUGCCCCACGUUCAGAUCGUAAGCGGAGAGACUCAUUCGGGAUGUUUGAUGGCUAUGAUAGCUGCAGCGAGGAGUCUACCAGCAGUUCUAGCUCAGAGGACAGUGAGGACGAAGUGGUGCCCUCCAUCCCUGCCAGUCUGCCCAUCAUCAAGAACAAUGGGCAAGUCUACACCUACCCUGAUGGAAAGGCUGGAAUGGCCACAUGUGAGAUGUGUGGGAUGGUCGGUGUACGAGAUGCUUUUUAUUCGAAAACAAAGCGUUUCUGCAGUGUGUCCUGUUCAAGGAGUUAUUCCUCAAAUUCUAAAAAAGCUAGCAUCUUGGCAAGACUCCAGGGCAAACCACCAACAAAAAAGGCCAAAGUCUUACAAAAACAGCCUCUCAUGGCGAAGUUGGCAGCUUAUGCCCAGUACCAAGCAAGUCAGCAGAACCAGGCCAAAUCGAAAGCAGUGGUUCCUGCAGAGAGCUUUGACUGGGGGCAGUAUAUCUGUAGCAAUAACACAGUUGGGGCUCCUGUCAGCUGUUUCAAACAUGCCCCUAUGGGGACAUGCUGGGGAGGCAUCGAAGUAGGUGUGAGGAUUGAAGUGCCCAACUCUGAUACCAACUUCUCCACUAAAGUGUACUGGAUAGCAGAAAUCAUAAAGCUAGCAGGGUUCAAGGCUCUCCUUCGUUACGAGGGCUUCGACAGUGACACGAGUAAAGACUUCUGGUGUAAUCUCUGUAUCCCUGAAGUACACCCUGUGGGAUGGUGUGCUUCGAGUGGCAAACCCCUCGUACCUCCAAAAAGCAUACAACAUAAGUACUCUAACUGGAAAAUGUUUCUUGUGAAGCGCCUCACUGGAGCUAAAACACUGCCACCUAACUUUAAUGAUUUGGUGCAGGAGAACAUGCAAUUCCCCUUUAAGAAGCUAAUGCGGGUCGAGGUGGUGGAUAAGAAUUAUCUUAGCCGGACACGAGUGGCACUGGUAGAGCAAGUGAUUGGAGGUCGCCUCAGGCUGGUCUAUGAGGAGAGCCAGGAUGGAUCUGAUGAUUUCUGGUGCCACAUGUAUAGCCCCCUCAUCCAUAAUAUAGGCUGGUCACGAAGCAUUGGGCACCGCUUCAAACGAUCUGAUAUUACAAAGAAAUUAGAUGGUCAAGUCGAUGCUCCUGCGCAGCUCUUCCAGAAGGUAAAAGAUGUGGACCAGAGUGGGGACUGGUUCAAAGAUGGGAUGAAAUUAGAAGCCAUUGACCCCCUCAAUCUCUCAGCUAUAUGUGUAGCUACUGUAAGAAAGGUUUUGGCAGAUGGAUAUCUCAUGAUUGGGAUUGACGGCUCAGAGGCAGUAGAUGGAUCAGACUGGUUCUGCUACCAUGGCACCUCCCCUUCCAUCUUCCCUGCCGGCUUCUGUGAAAUCAACAACAUUGAACUCACACCCCCUAGAGGGUACACUAAACUGCCAUUUAAAUGGUUUGACUACCUCAGAGACACGGGUGCAAUAGCUGCUCCUGUCAGACUCUUUAACAAGGAGGUUCCCAAUCAUGGGUUUCGGCUAGGCAUGAAGCUGGAGGCUGUGGAUCUUAUGGAGCCGAGGCUAGUGUGUGUUGCCACGGUGACGAGGAUUGUGCACCGCCUACUGAGGAUUCACUUUGAUGGUUGGGAAGACGAGUAUGACCAGUGGGUAGACUGCGAGUCGCCUGACCUCUACCCAGUGGGCUGGUGUCAGCUGACAGGCUACCAGCUCCAACCUCCUGCCUCACAGAGUAACAGAGAAAUGCCCCAGUCUGUUCCCAAGCAGAAGAAAAAGGCCCAGCAGUACAAAGGCCAAAAGAAAAAGAGGAAGAUUCCUGUUGGUCGACGGCCCUUCAGUCAGGCAGGCAGGAGGAGGAGCAGCUUCUCAGGGGAUGAAGAACAGAGUCCACCCCCUUACCCUGCCCAGGGGCCAGCUCGGCCCCGACCCCGCACCCACCUUCACCCAACCCACAAAUCAGAAUCUCUCCUGCGAAUGAAAGAGGAGACCGCCGAAGUGGACGAGUUCACCUUCUCACAGGGCACUUCAGAUCAAGAGAGCAACGGCUCGGGCAGCUACUACAUCAAACAAGAACCCUGAUGUGUCCUGUCAUGGUUUUCUCCUGUUCCACCCUGAUCUUUUCACAUCUCUGGAAACACUGAAGCAAGGAUCAGGAAUGUGGAGAGUCAAACUCACCUCGAAGUACACUUUGCAGAGUGACACCAUGGGCCACCUGGGAUGUCAACACAGGAGAACGCAGUGAUGAGAACGGGAUCCCACUCCCUGCAGGAAAUGUCACUCGAAACAAUCUUCUAACCUUGUAGGGGUGCGUCUACAUCAUCAGUCACAAAGUCGUGUCUGAUCAAGCAAUGCACCCAGAGUCAGGCCUGGGUCACAGAUGUUCGGGCAUUCUCUUUCAACCACCUUCAGAGCUCUCUGGCUCUCUCUGUCUGUCUCUCUCUCCUCUGCUGUCUGAUGCAAAGAAGGUUUUUGAAUGCCACACACCACCCACCCACACCACCCACCCACACACACACACACACAAACACACCCCACACACACACACCCCCCACACACACACAGACAGGAAGGCAUGUCCUUUAAGUCUACAUCAGCCCACCCUGCCUCUGCCAUAAUCUGGGCCACAUUUGCAGACCUGUAGAAACUGUGACAACCACUUAUUGAGCCAGGUCUUAGCAUAUUAUUUUUGUUGUUGUUAUUUGUUGGUUUUUGUCUUGGGUCUUUAGUUUUAGUUUUUAAAAGGUCAGAGUCAGCCAUUGAACAGCUGGUGGGGCAAAGUGAGGCUGGCAGAAAGGUGAACAGAGUUGUGUAUAUUUUUGCUUUUCUUGCCAGGUGGACUUUUAUUUUGAUAAUAGUACUUGAAGUUUUUCCUUAUUUUAUUUUGUAAUGAUUUUUCAGGUUGAUUCCUUAAUGUCCUUUUUUGCAUUUACACAUUUUGGUGGUUGUGUGGGUAAUGUGUGUUGUUUCAUAAAGUAACUAUAUAGUGGAGACCUAUUCAAAUAGAACUACACAGGGUUCUUAAGUACCGUGCUGCUCAGCAUUAAUGUUUUGUUUUGUUUUUUUUUCCCAGCCUUUUUUCUUCCUUCCAGUAUUGACCAGAACAUUUCCACAGCUGCGUUUACUCCUCAUUCAGUCAUUACAGAACCAAACUCUGUAGCUCAACUUUUUUUUUUUUUUUCAUCCAUCCACCUGCCAAAAUGAUGAGUUUGGCAGAAACCUAGUUUAAUUGUGGAUUAUUUUUCAAUGUCCCACUAACUUUGCAGUGAUUUUAAACCAGGGAAGUACUGCCUUUUUCCAUUUGAGUUUCUCUUUGGCCUUUUAUGGUAGUUUAUUACUUAUUUGUUGUUGGUAGAUUUGGCUAAGUUACCAGCUAAAGACAGUUUGGUGAGCAAUUGCAUUCAUAAACUGAAAGGAUGCAAUGCACAAAUAGACAUACCUGCUAAUUACUGCUAAAACAAAAAAUACCCAGAAUUUAACUCACUGAGGCAAAAACAUUUAAAUGGAAUGUGCCACACAGCAGGUCUGAUAAUUUAUCACAUAAUUCCAUUAAAUACACACCAAAAGGCAUCAACAACACAAAUAUAGUCUAGAGGUCCAGUUCAGUGACUUCAGUAAAUGGAGGUGAGGCCUUGAGACAUAUUAGCUACAGCUAUCUAUAAUGGGAGUCACACCCCACACUUUUGGAGGAAACCUUCAGUGGGUCCUAGAGGGACUGUAGUUUUGGGCACUGCAGUACUACUGUGUGGAUGAGUAGUUGCUGGAGCACUAAUUCAGCAGUUAUUGUGGUAGUUUCAGGUUCUGUGGACUGUAAUGAUAAAAAGGAUUAUUGAAGCUGUGGAAAAUAAAAUGGCUUUCUAUUAAAAAAACACAUUUUGAAGAUCUACUUCAUGUGGACAAAUUUACAUGAUAUAAGUAGGCAGCAGGAUAUGAAGUUUAAAUGAGAAACCUUACUGUUACAGUAGGGUACACUGACAUGUCCAGCCGUACAAUGUGCUUUGAGCUUUACCCUCUGAUUGUAGCUACUAUCAGGGAGGAACUUCAGUCUUAUCAGAAACAGACAACAUAAACCAGUGUUGGGCACUGUAUAUCAUCCAAACCGAAUGGCAUGUUCAAAUGUUGUGGCUGCAUCAGUUGGUAUCUGUUAAAGGUUGAAGUGAUUCACGUACACUUUUUUUUAUUUGUUUGGGGGGGUUUUUGGACCAUGUCUGUUAAAAUUUUACCCAAAGCUCUUUAUUUAUGUGGUGUCUGCAGUGUGCCACAACAAUAAUUCUAUUGUCACUCAGUGUUAAAUUAUAUUCAAUUUAUUAUUUUAAAAAGAUUUUAAUAUACUUUACACAAAAUCUUGAGGGGGAUUAAUGAUAACACACAAACAGCAGCAGGGCAGUUUGUGGGAGUCCAGUGUGUGUUGCCAUUGUCUGGCCAUCUUAUACAUAACUGAAUCCUAUAUGAAUCUCGUAAAUAUUACAUGCAUAUAUGGAAAAUAAGGACACCCCCCCCCCAGAAAAAAAAAAAAAAGAUUCCAGUGAAUAAGAAGUUAAAAGAUAGAUAAAUGGAGUAAAUGCAAAUUCACUUUGGGGUGGCUGGUGUUGGUUUAUUUUUUGGCUUAUGGAAUAUGAUUAAAUACUGAAUAUGGCACACUUGAGACUCCAUAAUUUUAGCUUCUGUCACUCCAAAUAAGCGGCUGGGCUGCCAUGUUAAGACAAAAGCAGGAGAAUCUACCUUGGUUACAAUAAUCUUAUAAUCAAGCAGUUUUGUUCUUCAAAAAAAUAUGCAAAACAUUUGUGGUGUGUGUGUGUGUGUGUGUGUGCGGGCUUAGGUUCUCAUGUCAGAGCCAUGUAGCUAUGAGCUAUGUAUGCAAGUUAGUUUAUGAUUCACCUGAGCCACAGAAUGACAGGUUUGUUGUUGAUAAUGAAACAAACAAUGCACUGCUUUUCCUAUAGUCUCUGAAGGCAGCAUUCUCGUAAGUGGCAUAAAUACAUAUAUUCUAUAUAAAAACACACACACACAUUUAUAUACACAUAUAUAUAAAAUCCAUCACUGUAAUGGAAUGGAGUAACAAAUCCUCAUUAGCCAGGAAUGGAACAGACAACACACCACCUUUGAUUAUUCUUAGAGCUCGAUUUUUGCAGCUGUUUAUCUACUACCUCCUGAUGCUAGCCAUGUUUAGCUAAAGCAAGAUCGUGAAAUGGACUAUGGCAGUAUGUUAGCAUAUGCAAAUGAAUAUCAACAACCUAAAAAUGAUUAACUUGAAGACUAGAGACCAAACAUGGAAUUAUAUUAUACAGCACAUGAGGUAGUCUUCUAAUUUGAAUGUUAUGCAAUAAUAAUAGAUCCAAUGUUAUUUUGCUAUACUAAGUAAAAUUUUUAGCACCCGCAAAUGUCAUGAUCACUACACUGAUAUAAUUAACAUAAGAGAAAAUAGUAUUGUAUAAUUGUGACUUGUGUUGGCAAAGGGUUUAUAAAGAAUACUCACUCCUAUGGCCAAAGGCUGUGUUGAAAUGCAGAGCAGAUCUAAACUUCUCAGUAACGGUAAAAGAUCCAUAAACAUUCAGCAAAGGUUCAUGAUUCAAUUCUCAGGAAGUUUUGUUCCUUUCUUUCUUUGUAAAGGUUGUAAUAAGUGUGAAUCAGCAGGGUUUGAAAAGCUCAAAGUCAUCUUCAUUUUGUGCAUUUAUUGUAUGGAAGCAAAUAAGCUUUUAUAUAACUACAAAUUUUGAAGCAGUUUAAGACAUGGUUGUGAAAUUUAAACACUGUGAAUAACUGAUGCUGAAAUACCCUGAGUGUAGUGCUUAGAAUUCUGAUUGGUGAUGCCAUAUUCUGUUAAUUAAGGAAAAAACUAUAAAAUUACUAUACAGAAAUUGGUAUGGCUAAGACUUAUGUUUAAAUAAGCCAGAAAUAAUAGAAAUGUGCAUUUUUGGCAUCACAAAUGCAGAUAAUUUUGUUUGUUAUGCUUUUCUUUUUCUCCUCAGUCAGGGAACCCAUUGCCUAAUGACACUGCUUUUGAGAGCAGUAGUCAAAAUGUGGGGACUUCCUGUGUAGCCAGCAGAUAAGCAAUAUUCUUCUUUUAAAAAAGAAAAAAAUGGAAAACUUUGUAUCACUAAAAUUCAAUUGGAUGAUUUUCAGGGAUUGUUUAAUUUCUACACUAGGUAUUAAGCUGUUUUUAAAUUUUACAUUUAAAAAUUGAGUCCUUAAUUAUAUUGGCACUUUUUUGCUUCCAUACACCCAGACAACAAGGGUCUUAUCUCACUAACCAUUCUGUAUAUUAUCCACAGUCUGUGUUCAUGUUUAAGGCUUCAUUUAAAGUAAUGUAACAAAAACCCCACAGACACGGCUGCUUGUUACAAUUCUGGUUUGACCUGGUUUUUGUUGCUUCUUGUUUUCCUUUUUGUUUCUUAAAAGGAAAACAUGAUUGUCUUUUUUUUUCUACCAUUUUUUCCCCCCAAUUUGUCUCCUGAUGAGAUUUGGAUACAAAGUGUAAGUGUGAGCAAUAAAAGACUGUCUCACAAUCAUUGGAAGCAGACAUGUUUCAAGGGGCUCAUGUUCCUGUAAUGUAGGAGGGUAGAAAGAAGCAUUAAACAGUUCAUGACCAAACUGCAUUUAUAUCUUAGUACAAAAACAAAAAAGACUGUUCUCUAAACUAAAUGCUGCUAGCCUCCUCUAGAUUAAACCCCAAAUAAUCAAAGGCACAAUCAACGUUGUUUUAGAUCUUCAGUUUCUCACUUUUCCUUGUAGAUAAUGAACUUUCUUGAUUUACCUUGUUCCCUAAUGCUCCACCCACAGUAGCUAUGUAUUUAGUGUUUGGGCGUCAGUAGCUUGAGAUGGAACCAAUGAGUUGAUUUAGAUUUUAGGUGCACUGAUGUACUGAAUGCACAUAACAGAACUUUGUGUGAUUUUUUUUUUUUUUUUUUUUUUUUUUUUGUCCCCCCUCUUCUCAUAAUCAUCAUUGGGUGCUCUUGGCCUGUGUUUCUUUCUUCCACUGUGAUUUACAAAGGUAUGGAACUCUGUUAAUGCCAAGACCACCAAAAAUGGAGGCAACAUCAAAGUAAAAAUAUGAGACACUAUCAAAUAUUAAAGGCAAAGUUAUAUUAGUUUAAAUAUAUUUAAAUUUUAUGUAUUUCUCCUAUAUUUCUGGGUUAAAUUGUGACAACUCGUAAUGAAAAAAUAUUUUCACCAUAUUAUCAUUUUGAUACACUUUCUGUUUGACAUAAGUUGCUUACUAUUACAAUUUUGAUAGAGUAAGCCAGAUUUAUAAGAGUUUUCAAUACAUCUCUUUGUUAUGAGCCAAAGUGUCAGGAAUAAUUAACUAUGAGUUAAACUGACUCAGAAUUUUACCAAUAUAUUAUUUCACAACUUGUAUAAUUUCAUUAUUUAAGCUGAGCAGGAAAAAUGAGCUCUUUAUGUUGAAUUGCUAUUACAGUUUUGUCUGAGUUAAAUGUGACAAAUCAAAUUCUGACCUAAAUUUCUACUUGGUAAUAUAAUUUUGGUAUGCUACGUCAAAAUUUUAUCUGCAUAAUGUCUUUGAUUUUGGUUUUAAUCAAAAAUUGAAUUUUUUUUUUUUUUUUUUUUUUUAAUCUGAGCCUGAAGUCAGUCUUUAGACUUGCAGCCUCAUUAUUUUUGCUUUCUGAAUAUUCCUUUUUUUUUUCCUGGCUCUUCUAGCCCUUCACAGAGAACUGUUUUGGUUGCAGAGGUCAUGCAGCUGAACGGGUUCUUCCAGAUGAGUACAAUGACGAGGUAAACGCUGGAGUUGGGGUUUUGUUUUUUCUUUCUUGGCUACUAACACGGGUCUUUUGUAUGCGAUAGCUUCCCCUCUUAAUUAUAUUGUGGUGCUAUAUAUAUAUAUAUAUAUAUAUAUAUGAUAAAAAUGACUCAGUGUAUUGGGAUUAUUAUUGUCUGAAAAUAAUGGUGAGUUGAGAGGGUUAUAGUGGAAAAUUUAUUUUGGAUACAAAUGGGGGAAAAACCCCAUCUAUGUUGAUAGUUAUAAAUCUAUUGAUAUUAACACUGACCCUUGAGGUACAUUAUCAGAUUGCAGUUUAAAGUUUGUACAUCUUUUUGAUAGUGUAUACCAGUUUCUGUUCAUAUGGUUAAUUUGUGCUGUGACUAAGCUUUGAUAGACUUUGUAAAUAAAGCCAGAUGUUUGGAUUACAAUACUGGUUGUAAUGGAUGGCUUUUUGUUUACAAGCAUCGCAAAUUGUUUCCGCAUGGCUGUGAAAGUUUAUCUGGUGACUUUUGUAAGAGCUGACUUUUACACUGAAUAAAAGUUUAAUAAUUCAGACA